AUGCACAGCUCCUCCCCCUCCUCCGCCGCCGUCGCGUAUUCUUCCUCGUCUCCAUCACACCUCUCCCCAGUAGACGGCUUCCUCUGCGUGAAGGAGGGGGUCGACGAGAUGAUCAAGCACGUCGCCAAUGAGCCCUCCCUCGGGCUCUACUUCGUCCAGCAGCACGCUCAGGCAUCCAUGCCCAUCCUCCUUGACGUCAAGGGCAAGGUUACAGAAAAGACUCGUGAGAUAACAUUACACACUGAAGAUAUAGAGGAUUCUAUUUGUGCUGUGAGGUCCAUGGCUGAGUUUGGACUUCCAAUUGCUGAUGAUAUGAUAAAGGACAUAAAUAAAUCUCUAAAGAUAAUGUCGAAGACCCAACCAAAGAAAGGGUUAACCCAGAACCCCAUUUGGGGGUUCCAAUCAGACAAAAGCUCGGAAGCAUGGAACGAUUUGGACGCAACUAAUGGUGGAAGUAGCAAGAACUAUUUGUCUUCCAUGUUGAACACCGCAAAGCAAAAGGCAUCGAGUCUCAGAUGGCCACAGACUGAUUUCGCUAUGAACGAUGGCGUUAGUGAGAAGUCAGUGUCAUCUACAGCUCAGGAGUCGUCACAAGCCGGAGGACAUGGUGCGUCAACACCCUCGGAUGCAGAAAGGGAUGAAGUCUCCAUUUCAAGCCGAUUGUUGGAAAAUAAAAAUGCAGGUACUAUGAACCAGGGCCUGUCUGCUUCUGAUAUCUCCCACACGGCGGAGAGCUACAACAAGUUCAAAGAAGAACAGGAACUGAAACUGCAAGAGUGGCUCAGGGAGUCGAAAGAAGCUGACGAUAAUAGAGGUUGA